AUGAAAGCUUCCGCCGAUAAGCAUCGCCGUGAUUUCUCGAUGGCCAUGGGAGACUGGGUCUACGUUCGUCUUCGCCCUUACCGUCAGACCUCGUUAGCUCCGUCCUACCACAAGCUGGCCAAAAGGUAUUAUGGACCCUUCGAGGUCGUGGAGCGCAUCGGCGCCGUGGCCUACAAGUUGCUAUUGCCGGCAUCUUCACGUAUCCACCCAGUACUUCACAUAUCCCUCCUGAAACCACACAAGGGUCCCUUGCCGACAGCUCCGGCGACGCUUCCUAUUGCGUCCCUCGACCAUCACCCUCUCCCUACUCCCUCACACAUACUUGAUUGGAAAUUGGACCAUUCCGUCGACCCUCCCGUGCCCUUGGUGCUAGUCCAAUGGGAAGACAUGCCUCCCGAAGAGUCCACCUGGGAACGCUGGGAGGAGCUCCGCCAAGCUCACAACCUUGAGGACAAGGUUGUUUUCGGGGAUGGGUGUAUUGAUAGCAUUACUGAUACCAAUAGCAGCAAUAGUAGACCAAGGAGGAUUAGUAAAAGGCCCACGUACCUACAAGAGUAUGUAUGA